AUGCAGUUCUCACGCAUCCUCCCCACCCUCAUCUUCCUCCUCCUUCCCUUCGCCCUCGCCAGCCCUCUCCCGCAAACCACCGCCUCCGGCAACGACGGCUCCGGCGACCAGGACGUCGGCAACAAGGGCCAGAACGCGGGCAACGCCGCCGCAAACAAGGGCACCGUCAAGGGCGACUACACCGUUGAGCAGGGCGUGCAGACAUGCGGUAACGCGCAGCUCAACUGCUGCAACAAGAUCGAGAAGAAGGGGGAUACGACGAGUGCCGGGUUGUUGGGGUCUCUGUUUGGGUCUGGCGAUAUUGGCCUGCAGUGUUCGCCGAUUAAUUUGCCGGUUUUGGCUGCGCAAGUGCCAAUUAAUAAGGCGUGUGAUGCCAAGGCGGCGUGCUGCCAGGGAGAGACUUCGCAGAACGGACUCAUCAAUCUUGGAUGUAUCGCCCUUGCAUCCCUCAUCUAA